CAGGUCAAAAUAUCCAAAUAAAAGGUUUCAAAACAACCGCAUUAAUUAAUCUAUUCUGCAUUAAAUCCUUGCCCAUUACAAUUUUUAAUAUUGAUUAUUUUUUACUUUUUAUUUUAGCUGGAAACGCUGCACGUGAUAACAAAAAACAACGUAUUGUUCCACGUCAUUUACAACUGGCAAUUAGAAAUGACGAAGAAUUAAAUAAAUUAUUGCAACAUGUUACGAUCUCGCAAGGCGGUGUAUUACCUCACAUACAUAGUGACUUACUGCCAAGUCAAAAAUCAUCUCAAAAAGAAUCACAAAAAGAAUCACAACGAGAUAAUAGUAAUGAUAACACCACAAUGGGAGCAACUUCGAGUGGGGUUAACAAAAAGAAAAGUGUACAACCAAAAAAAAGUAAUGUGAAUGCAACGACACUUGCCGAUCGUUCAACAGCUGGACAAAAUAAUAGUAAAACAGCAACAAAAGCUAAGAACACAACGGCUAACCAAAUGACAGUCGAUGAUGAUGAUGAAUCAGAAUCAGAAUCAGAAUCAGAAAAUGAAGAUGACAAUGAUGAAACACAAUGA